ACGUCUUCUUCUUGGGGAUUUUUAAGCUACCGAGUAGCGCAUUACCGCCAUCAACUGGAGAAACGUUUAGAACGGAGGGAACUUCAAUACGUUGCGAAUCUAUUCGCGUCUUUCCGGCUAAGCAAUUAUUUUUUUCCUGGAAGAAAAUCUUUUUUGGCUACACACUGGCUGCAUUAGCCUAUCAAUCGAUUUUUAUGCUAGCACACUUCAAAUCGAGUGAUCCCCCUGUCAUCACGGAAAAAGGCUGUUUUGUGUGGACGCAGCUCCUGCAGAUCGCUGGUAUGCCCCUUGAGGUGAAAUGGCCCUUCCCACACUGUCCUUCUCUCACAUGGAGGAUCUCAAGCUCGCUGGUCCUGGGCAUGGUGGGCUCCUAUUCCUACUUCUGGACCAAGUACAUGAACCACCUGACAGUCCACAACCAGGAGGUUUUGCUGGACCUGGUUGACCAUAGGCCUCCCGGCACACCUCUCAUCACUCUGGCCAAUCAUCAGUCCUGUAUGGACGAUCCACACAUCUGGGGCGUGCUGAAGUUCAGACAGCUGUGGCAGUUCAACAAGAUGCGAUGGACCCCCGCCGCCUCUGACAUAUGCUUCACAAAAGAGCUGCACUCCAGGUUCUUCAGCCGAGGAAAGUGCGUCCCCGUCUGCAGGGGGGACGGCGUCUACCAGAGAGGGAUGGACUUUGUCCUGGACAGGCUCAACGGCGGAGAAUGGGUGCACAUUUUCCCCGAAGGCAAAGUCAACAUGUCGGACGAGUUCAUCCGCCUGAAAUGGGGUGUGGGUCGGCUAAUAGCAGAGUGCUCCCUCAGUCCGAUUAUACUGCCUCUCUGGCACGUUGGUCUGAGCGAUGUUCUGCCAAACGUGAAGCCCUAUAUUCCUCGGACUGGCAAAGUAGGACCAUCUCACUUUAGAAUCACAGUCCUGGUGGGGAAACCGUUCAGUGUAAAAGAGCUUGUUAAAUCCCUCCAAGAUGAGAACAAGAGCCAGAUGGAAAUGAGGAAGACCUUGACUGAUUUAAUCCAAAUGGAGUUCUGGAACCUGAAAGCCCAGGCGGAGGCUCUGCACGGACAGAUGCAGACCCAGUCCUGAAUCCCACACAGUCAGCAUUUCUUCACACCCUUCUGGACUGACUGGACUUCACUCGAGGAUUCUGGGAUUUGGAGUGAAGGGGGAAGAGUGGGAGGGGUUUAGAGCGGAGCACUGACCCCCCCCCCCCCCCCCAACGGACCUUUACAGAACUUCUUUGAUACGACUCUCCUGGUCCUGAAGUGCAGUUUUUUUUCACAGCAUCUGUUUUUCUACAUCAUAAAUCACUGUAUAAAAGAUGAACACUUUCUAUUUUUAAUAAUCAGGAUACUAAGAUUGCUGUAAAUUCACAGUAAAAUCAGUCAUAUACAUCUGGCUGUUUUCUUCUUUUUCUGAGCCGCUACUAAAGAUGGAAUCAAAACUGAUGUUUUUCAGCAAUUUUUUACAAUUCCUUAAUACUUCAUUUUACCCAGACGUUAACAGGUUUUGAUAUUUUCCCUAAAGAGGACGUCAAGAAGAAACUCUGCACAUCUCUCGUGUUGAACUGGGCACUUCCUCCUUGCCUGUGCAUGUGUGAUUUCCCUCAGUUUACACCGGCUUCCUGCCACUGUCCGAAAAUAUGCAGAUUAAAAUGACUGAAAAUGGACGGACCCUUACCCUGUGUGCAUUAUCCCAUUAUCCUUGCAUAAAUAAACAUGUUUUAUAAGUG